AGUCAAGUUUUUCCCGCCAAAGCCGAAAGUGAUGAUUUAAAUAGGAUUACCUUAUGAAAUGGCCGAUAUAUUAGAAGGUCCCCGCGUUCGUAUCCGCGCGAGUCAGUUGUCGCAAUACAUCGGAAAGCCAGUCUGUUUCGUGGGACGCCUUGAAAAGGUCCAUCCAUCUGGGAAAUUAUUCUUUUUAUCUGAUGGAGAAGGAAAAAAUGCAGCAAUUGAGCUAAAUACACCUCUUGAAGAAGAGAUCUCUGGCAUUAUUGAAGUAGUAGGAAGAGUUACAAAUCAAUUGAAUAUCAUAUGUUCAUCAUAUAUGCAAUUCAAAGAAGAUAAAAACAUGUUUGAUCUUUCAAUGUACAGUGAGGCUGUAAAAGUUAUCCAUGAAUUUCCUGAGUACUACCCUUUCAAUACUGAUGUAUGAGUGAUGCUCAUCUUGAUAUUGUGAGAUCCUUUUAUAAUGUUUAUUGAACAAAAAUAUGAAAAGCAUCAUUGAGGAACAACUUUUCUAAAAAAAUCUAAUUUUCUAAUAACUUGUUAUUUGUUAUGUCUACCAUAUGUGACAAACUUGGAUUUCAUAUUUGUUUUCCUUUCAGUGGACAGUAACCUAUCUUUAAUGUAAACAUUUUGAGAUAAAUAUAUAUACGUGAAAAAUACUCAAAAGUUUCAUUGAGCAAAUCACACUUCUAUUACAAGAAAAGCUCAGCCUGACUUCAGUAUGCCAGGCUUAGAAAGAAUGGCAAUGUUCCUUAUCUCCUACAGAUGAAUAACAAUCUAAAAAGAAUAACACAAUUAUGGAAAUGUGUACAUGUUUAUCAAGAUGAAUAGCUGAAAUACUUCAACUAUUUUUGAUACGUUAAUAAGGCAUGUUAACUAAUUUGAUUUACCCUCUGUCUAGCCUAUAAUUAAGCUUCUGUGUAAUCUUACAAUCUGUUUUGAGGUGGUAUCAUUUUUUUCAUUAAUAAACAUUUUAAAGGUGACA